GAUGCGGGAGGGGGGCGAAGGGGGAGGCCGACCGGGCCGCCGUCGGGCCGGCCUCUCCGGCCCGGGCCGGCCCGACGCCCAGCCUUAAGUUACCCGAAACCCAGCCCUCGGGCCUCGUGGUCAGAACCGGGUCUCGUUCUUACAAUGUUUCAGAUACUCGAUCCACUUUCCUCACCCCGUUAAAUGCUGUCAUUUCCCGCGUCCACCCUUCAACCAUCUCUCUUUUCCCGCGAACGCAUUGUUGGAACCCUAGACUCUCUCUCCCUCUCUCCUUUGCUCUGCAAACCCCGUUUCUUUCCUCGGAUGGACAAUCAGAACGAUGAUGGGCUCGAGAUCGUAGCUAUCGGAUCACUUUACCGAGGACCAUGGGUGAAGAAGUACUGGAGUUGUUCGAGGGGAAAAGAUCGGUACCCCUACCCUGUUGGUUAUCAAGCAGUUCGCACAUGCGCUGGUGAUACGUACAGAAUGGAAAUACAUGAAGGGUCAAAAGGGCCGCUAUUUUUGGUUGCGGCAGGUGGUAAAUCAGUGACAGGACAGACUCCAGACAUUGCGUGGGGGAAGUUUAACAAGGAAAAUAAUUGUCGAGUCAAGAUUUGGCAUGGGAAACGAUUUUCAUGCAAAAUAGACGGUAUUCAGCUUUUUGGGUUCACAAAUCCCUUUGUUCAGAGGCUGCUCCGUGAGCUUGUUGCAGAUGAACAUAGGUUGACAGAGAGCAGUUUGAUUCUUCCAAGUUGCAAGGACUCUUUAACAUUAGAAAAGCAAAAUUCUAACUUACAUAGGUUGCCUGAUCUACUAGUGGAGUUACAAAAACAAGAAACUAGUGGCAAGAAAUGGAAGAAACAAAGAAGUAAAGCUUUUCAUUCUCGACCCAAAAGGCAGAAAACACAUGAUCCGUCAACUCAAAUGCAUCAGGGUUUCAAAUGUGAAAGUCAGACUCGACACUGUGAGGGCACAGUAGAUGACUUGCAUGAAAGAAGUUUGACUUCACAUAAAAUAAGUAGGGAGGAUGAUCCUUCUUAUGAUGACUAUGUUUGUAAAACUAAGAUCAGUGGUACUGACUGGAGCAAUAAGCUUUCAUUCUCUAGUCCCCUAGAAGAAGAAGCUGAUGAAACUUGUAUUUUGCCAACAAAUAAAGAAAGUUGUUCACUAAAUAUUAAUCAUGCAAUUGCAGUCUCAUCAGUACAUCCGACCCUCAGAUAUGACAAUGAAGGAAACACAAAGUUAGCCGAAGCAAAAGAUGGUUUCCCUACUCUAGAAUCGUAUCAUUCUUUGUAUCAUUGCUGUGAGAAAGAAGACCUCGCCAAAGACAGUGGUGACCUUUGUAGUUACAAAGAGAUGCAUGUGUUUCUGCAAGGAAGAGAUUGUACAGUCAAUGAAGACAAAAAUGACAAAGGAGAACAGACAUUCACUUUGCCGAAUGUUCUUACAAGUAAUCUUGUCUUGGUGCCAGAUUCCUUUGAGCUUACACAUGAUAACACUGCUUGCCCUGUUCUUGGAAACAACAAAAGAAAUCCUGAAGUUGCAAGUAGUGAGGUUGUAGCAGUUGAUACUUGCUUGUUAUGUUCUUCAAAUGGUGUGGAAAUGCACAUGUCAAUGGAGGGCAAGGAUGCUGGUGACAUACUGAGGUUUAAUUUGCAAAAGGAAGAAGCUCCACCAGCCAUAUUGAAGGACAUGUCAAACUCUGCUUUGCCUGCUUUUGGUGUUCCUGCUUCUGAAGGAUCGUAUUUGAAAUCCCAGUCAGAUGAAGAAAACCAUGUGGAUCUUGGAACUCAAUAUUCUGGUUCUGAAAGAAGUGAUUCUGACAUCAUGGGUAAAGAAUUUGCAAAGUCGAUGAUGGAAGUUCUGCUUCCACAAGCUUUGCCUUUGCUAAAGUACUCACGGAGGAAAAAGGUAAACCGGAAAAUGAAAUUAGAUAACAUCAAGCAAGGGGCUUCUCAAGAUGCAAUAAAUAUUCCGGUUAAGGACCAUGGAGCUUUUAACAGCAGCGAUGUUUUAUGUAAAGAUGGAGUUGAUUCUGAAUCGUCAAAAGAACCAGAAGCAGCUGUGAAGAAUCAACUGCAGGUGUUAGGUCCACACCUUGAAAAAUUAUUGGCAGACGUUGACCCUAUUAUUGCAGACAGCUUGGAGGAUGACACAUAUGCUGAUCUCCUCACUAGUCACACGCCUUUAAGUGUAAACCUUGGCAAGGCCGAUGUCAAUCCUGUUGGAGACUCUGAAAAUCAAUGGGAAAAUUCCAACUUACUAGGUUGGGAUUUUGAGACACUGAAAAUGUGCAGUCCAAAGUCAAGGCAAGCAGGGGAAUGUUUACUGUUGAGUAAUGCUACAAAGGCUGGGGAGUUCCAUGAAUUUGUGCCUCAUGAUUUUGCAAGCAGACACAGUAAUGCAUCUGCCUCUGAGGAUAGGAACUCCAAAAAUAACAAUGAAAAUCACUGUAAACUCAAAGGCUUUCCAUUCAUUUCAGAAAGUGAUGAACCCAUGCCAAUAGUUGUGCCAAAGUCUUCUAAUAAGUCUCAUAGUUCUGCUUCAUGUGCCUCCAUUGAAUUCAAGGAACAGAAGGAUUCUGGUUCCUCAAGUAAUGAAGGUGAUGACCAUUCACUUAGGUCUGAUUCAGCCAUGCUGUGCUUAGUAGCAGAAACUGUUGAAACACGCCAUGUUGGACUACAAAAUGAUUGCCAAGAUGGGCCUGAAAAUAAUAUCCCAAAUGCAAACUUUGCAAAUUUGCAUAUUUCAUUUAAACAAGAAGAUUCUAGCAUUCAUGGACAAUGUUACUCACCAGUAGAAGAUACAAGUGAUCUUCUGAACCUGGAAUGUGGUAUUCAAUUGUUAGAGACUGAUGGUAGAAUGUUUGUUUCCAAGACAAGUGAUACUCAUCUUAAAGAUCUUCAAGGUGCUACCUCUAGCAGCGAGCAUGCUUUGGCUUCUCCUAAUGUGAAAGGGCAUCCCUGUAUGCCUUUUUUUUCUGAUGCAAAGGAGCUUGAUCAAUCUAAAAUGGUAACUGAUGUUGGCACAGCAAACGCUUUCAUGGAGAAGCUUUUCGAUAACACAACUUUUGAACCACAAAUUAGCCAGCAUACUGUUGUGGAGGGUAAUUUUGCUGUUGAGUUUUCAUCUCCAAAUGGGAACAAGCUAACCAAUCAUUUCUGUGAUGUGGAUGUGGAGAGAGCUAUUCCUGCAGAAAGUAUAUCCAUGGGAAUCUCUGUUAUGGAUGGGGACGCUGUUGAUACAGCUAAAAACGGAGAAGUCAUGGGUUGCACUUCUAUUCCUUACAUUCAAAAGGAAAAGGAAUGUAAGCUAAAUGUCUUGGAGGAGGAAGAUGUCCUAAAUGUCUCAAGGAAACCUGAUUUUUUAUCUCUUCCUGCAAAAGACUGCUGUCCUGCAUUAUGUUUUGAGAAACCAGUGAACAUUCCAGUUAAAAGGCAAACUUGCUUUACCGGGGAUCCAUCUAAUAAGGUUGUGCCUGAUCAAAGGGAUGAUAUACUGCUUAAUGAACGAAAACCUGAGACAGUUGCAUUUAAUCACCUUAAUUCAAUGUCAACCAAGUGCAACAAUUCUUCAACAAGUUGCAUUGACCUUGUUAGCUGUUGUGUGAGCCCAAUUCCUGUUUCAUCUAUGCUAUUGAAAAAACAAAGGAAUGGUGUUCUCUUAUGUGUUAUCUGUGGCCUUCCUGAAGAAAUGAGUAGGACACUUUUUGUCUAUGCGAUUCCAGAUAAGGAACUGACAGAAAAGUACCCUUCCUUUCAUGGUUAUGCGCCGAUUCAGUUACCUCUGUGCAGCUACAGUUAUGACCAAAAAUUUCCUGGUGAAAGAUCCAAAAUUCAGUUUAUACCUGAUGGCAAGCUCCUUGUUUUGCUUGAUAGCAUUAGAACUCCAUGGUGCAGUAAGCGAGACUUUGGGUGCUUGUGCUCUGUUUGUAAAGCAGCUUCUCAGGGAAGUUCUGUGAAAGUUGUAUCAGUAAAAGCUGGUUAUAUGUCUGUAUUGGCUAAGUUGAAAGUAGUUGAAACUUCCCACUGUUUGUUAGUUUGUGAGCCAUGUUAUCUUGUUGCUGCACAAAAGUGGGGGAAGUUACAUGUGUGGGUCAUGAAUACCACAUGGAGUAUGGACGUGGAAGAAUUCACACUUCCAUAUUUUACUGAUACUGCAAUCAUGGUGGAAUUGGAGAAGAUGCCAAAUUGGCCCUAUCUAAUCAUUGGGCACGACUGUGUUGGGAGAUUUGGUUUAUGGGAUGUAUCAAGGAGGGUCCUCUUGGCAAAAUUCUCGUACUCAGGCUGCUCCAUACACCAUUUUGUUCCUUUUGGUUUUUUUUCUGGUGCUAUUCCUUCCGUUGACGAGGUUGGGCACCAGGCCGCUGUUUUAAGUACUUCAGAAUUGUCCUUUUGGGGCCCUAGCGGGAAGUCUGCUUGUUCUCCAAUGGAAAGUGAGGAUGUCGCUGUCUGGCUCCUUGUUUCAACUGUUUCUUGUGACACAUACUGGUCAAAUCACUGCUUUGAGGGUUCCGACAAGAGUUACACUGGGUGCUGGAGGCUUGCUCUUUUGCUGAAAGAUAUGCUAAUUCUAGGAAAUACAGUGGAUACAAGGUCUUCUGCAGCAAAUGUCUUGCCUGGCUAUGGAAUCAUUGGCAGGAUUGAUGGGCAUGUCUAUCUUUGGAAACUGACAAGUGGUCAUAAAGUUGCCUAUUUAAAUAAUCUUAAAGGUGCUAGGGUUUCAUGCAUUGCUGCUGAUGCAAGUUCAAAUACAUUUGCUGUUGCCAGUGCUGACUGUCGUGUGUUCUUGUACAUGUGCUCUUCAAGCCCCUGGGGAAGUUAAUCUCUGGGUCUUUUAGAUAUCUUUGGUUAAUAGCAAGUGAUGUAUAUAGUUGAUGCAUGGCAGAUUGCCACAAUUUUUUUUUCUCUCCUGUCAUAAAGUUUCUGGAGUCUCCACCCCACUAAAAGAUCCUUUGGUACAAAACUGUAGAAGUCCCGCUUGUUUACAAGGACAAGCUUAUAGUGGGAGCAAAAAUGGAUUAAUGACAGAAGGUAACGCCAGUAUCUGUAUUCCACCUCAGUUGUAUCUAGAACAUGGAGGCACACCAGAUAUUAAAGGCUUCAGUGGCAGCGUGCUCGGGGGAUCUAUCAGAUUCUUCUGCUCUUCAUGAUAUCCAUAUAUGUUCCAUUUUGCCUUGGUUGACAUGUUCUGCACCUUGCCACAUCAAAGGUCAUCAGUUAACGAAUGAAUCUAUUGCAAAUCAUGGAAGCCCAACACAGCCAACUGCUGCUCGAUAUUUGGCAACGGAAUGACUUUUCUUUGUUCUCAUGUAUCAUAAUAGCAUUUGAAUUAUAAAUGAACAGCAACAUGUCCUCUAAUUGAAGGCAGUGGAUGAAUAGAUGAGUCAUAUUGAAUCAUUUGAUUUCAUUUCAGAAACAUGACAUGAUCAGAAUGUGAUAUUUAUGGGUUUCAGGUUA